AUGAUGUCCCAUCAAAUAUUAGCCAGGCGCACGCCUCGCUAUUGCCAUGCCUGUAUCCGACGACCCAUCAUCCCACGACCACUUCAGUCAAACCGACCAUUCACCAACCAACCUCACCAAUCCUUCAACACCCCCUCGCCCAUUCGGCCUCAACUACCAUUCCUUUCCCAGACUCAAGGCCGACUCCCUCUCGCCCUCCAUCUGCGCCAACACUUCACCCGCCUAAUUUCCACCUCGCGCACAUCCCGCUACAAACGCGGCGUCUACCGCGGUCUCAAAAUCUCCGUUACCUUAUACGCGAUUCUGUGGAUGCUACACUUCAUCAAGACGGGACUGUAUCAAGAAGAGAUUGAGCAUAAAUGGCCCACGCCACAGGAAUGGAGUUGGCGCAGUCGAUGGGCGCUGCGGUCUGCGGUCGCAUUACAGCAUCCCGAGGAAAUCGGACAGGUCAAGACACCCUGGCAGAACGUCUACGGAUUUUAUAAGCAGCUACUUGAGCGUCUGGAAGAUCCGAACGUCGACGGCGCGGGGAUUUUGGAGCAAGAAGAAGGCGGUAUGUUAGUUGACGGAAUUGGGAAAUUGGGCUACGACGUGUCGCAGAAGAGUGAACCGUGGCGGAGGGGUUAUUUCCAGUGUUUGAUCAAUUCGGCGAAAGCGGCGGAAUAUUUGGAUGGGUUUAUGACGGAUCGCAAACAACGAAUCACUGCGCCCAAGGAGUAUGUGCAUGGACCGUCAAACCCGGAUGCGAAGACGUUGCCUGGUCGGACGGGUAUUGUGAUGCGCGAGGAGGAUUGUACGCCUUCAGCGCCGGCGCCGGAAGUGUUUUAUAUGAAGAUUUUGACGACCAAGGGAUUUACGGCGAGACAAAAGAUUGAUGCUGCGUUGGGAUAUGCGGAUUGGCUGAAUUACAAAGGGUUGAGUAGUACGGCUGAGGAUAUGUAUGCUUGGGCAAUGGAUAUUGCAACAUCGGGGCUGCCGUAUGAUGCUUCGACGGUGGUGGACACGAAAACCUGCAUACUCAAAAAUAACGGCAAAAAUGUUGCAUCCGAUAAUAUCAUGCGGGUAUCGACCGCUCUUGGUGUGCACAGCGUCAAGUCUGGAGAUCUAACUACGGCACUAUCGAUAUUCACCUCAAUCCUCAAAGCGCGCCGCAACCUACCGCAGUUCGAAACAUCAGAGAAUAAAAACCGAUCACGCCCCACGCCAGCUUUGGACGAAUAUCUCGAAAAAAUCAAAAACAUGUUCGUCCCUUCAGUCUACCCCGAAGCACCAUCCGACGGAAACGAGCCGCCUGUACGAGACGCCAGUGCGCCGUGCUUAGAGGCAGGACUAAUGACAUAUAUCGGCGAAAUCCUGUACGCAUCCUCCUCCAAAGAGACCGGUCUCGCCUGGACGCGCGACGCAGUCGACAUGACCGAAUCCGUCUUACUCGACCUGCCGAGCGCCAGCUCCAGCUCCAGCGGCGUAUACAACGAAGAGAUCCGCGAAACGCGCAGUCGGUGCUCGUCAUGCCUCAAAGUCGGAUUGAAUAAUUGGCGCACGAUGGUAGACAAUCUCGUCACGGAAGCGACCGUCGCCGAACAAGCCGCCAUUUCGAGCAUAGACAAGAGUUGGUUCACUAACAGCGCAAAGAAGACUGCAGAAGGAAAAACGUUUGAAAGGAAACGGUGGCAGGCGGAGAAGAUGAUUAUUGAGGAUCGGGCGAAUGGGUUGUUGCGGUUGACGAAUGAGUACACGUUGUAUAAGCCGAGCGGGUUCAAUUUGUCUUUGUUUUAG